GAAACGCAGGCGGUUGUCCGGCACGUGACGAAGUCAGUAUGGCGGAGCAGUAGCCUGAAUGUUUUACAGCGUUACUGUACCAGCGGGUCCUAAACCCCCGCACCGUGGAUGCUCGUGGGGGAAACGCGGCCGUGAGCAGCCAAGGAUGCCACGCACAGACUGUUUGGUUGAAGAAAUGCCACAACAAACUGCUGUGGACUCCUUUUGUGGCUGGCGGUGAUAAAUCCCUGAGAAACGACUCCUCUCUGGCGGUUCGUGCUCGUGGCUCCACCUGGCAGCACCGUCUUGGCUGGGAAACACAUGGUGGUCACUAGAACUACCGCUGAGGUGUGCUGACACCCUCACCACUCUCCUCCUUUCUCCUGUCGAGUUCGUUUGGCGCCAACAACCACAUCAAUGAACUCUCACUGUCGACCGGUGGACGUCAGCGCAGCAGCACUGCCCACGCAGGUGCCCUCCAACACUACAGCCAUCCUUCCCAUGGACCUGCGCGUAGUGGACCAUUCUCAUCACCACCGUCACCAGCAACAGUCCCCCUUCGGCCUGGUUCCCCAACCUCACCCUACGCCCCCUGCCUCCACGGCUUGUCCCGCAUCCACGGAGCCAGGCCGCGGGCCGACCAAUAGCCACCAGGACCAGCAGCAGCUGCAGCAGGAGCUCGUGGCACUCAAACACAAGCAGCAGCUCCAGAGACAACUACUGAUUGCAGAGUUCCAGAGGCAGCAUGAACAGCUGUCGCGACAACAUGAAGCCCAGCUGCAGGAACACAUCAAGCACCAACAGGAUUUACUGGCACUCAAGCACCAACAGGAGCUCUUGGAACAUCAGAGGAAGAUGGAGCAGAAUCGUCACGAGCAGCAGCUGGAAAAGCAGCAGCGGGAACACAAACUGCAGCAGCUCAAAAACAAGGAGAGGGGACAAGAGAGUGCAGUUGCCAGCACAGAGGUAAAGAUGCGACUCCAGGAGUUUGUCCUGAACAAGAAGAAAGCCUUGGCUCAGCGAAAUCUGAACCACUGUCUGCCCAGCGACCCGCGCUACUGGUAUGGAAAAACCCAGCAUAGCUCUUUGGACCAGAGCUCCCCUCCCCAAACAGCACUGUCAGCGUACAACCACCCCAUACUGGGCACAUAUGACUCGAAAGACGACUUCCCCCUGCGCAAAACAGCCUCCGAGCCCAACCUGAAGUUUCGUUCCAGGCUAAAGCAGAAGGUGACUGAGCGCCGCAGCAGCCCCCUGCUCCGCCGAAAAGAUGGCCCCAUCAUUACUGCCAAGAAACGUUCCCUAGACGUGGCUGAGUCUGCAUGCAACAGUGCACCAGGCUCCGGUCCCAGCUCCCCCAACAACAGCUCCAGUAACAUCCCAAAUGAGAAUGGGGUCACCAUCUCCGGCAGCCCAGGAGAGGCCUCUUUGCUUCACCGGCUGGCUGCAAGAGAAGGUUCAGUCAGCCACCUCUCCCUAUACACCUCCCCCUCGCUGCCAAACAUCACCCUGGGGCUGCCAGCUACAGGCCCUGCUAACCCUGUGGUGUCAGGACACCAAGAUGGCGAGAGGGGCAUUCCUCUGACCCCUCCUUUCUUGCCUGCUCACUUGCCUUCCUACUUGGCCUCUUCAGCGUUGGACAGGGAAGGGGCUGGAGGUGGCACAACCAGUCACAACCCCCUUCUCCAACACAUGGUGUUGCUGGAGCAGGGCCAUAAUUCAAUAGUUGGUCUUGGGGGACUUCCGCUGCCAUCGCCGUCUGUCUCCAAGUUCGCACGGAGCCACCGUCCCCUAGGGAGAACCCAGUCGGCACCGCUGCCCCAGCAGCAGUGCGGACAGGCCCAGGCCCUGCAGCAGCUGGUAGUCCAGCACCAACACCAGCAGUUCCUGGAGAAACACAAGCAACUAUUUCAACAACAGCAGCAGCAACACAUCAUCAACAAGAUAAUGUCCAAGCCCAGCGAUCAGGUCUCAGCCUCCAGCACCUCAGGGCCAGGCAGGCAGCACCAGAGUCACCCAGAGGAAACAGAGGAGGAACUCAGGGAGCACCAGGGCCUGUCCUCCUCCUCCUCCUCCUCCUCCUCCUUGUCUACCUCUGCGCAGGAGACGGGACCGCUGCGGGGGCUGGUCAUCAAGCAGGAGCCCCCUGACCUCCAGGAGCAGGAGGAGAGGGAGCAGAGGGAGAUAAAGGCUGAGCAGGAGUUCCUGUUCCGACAGCAAGCUCUGCUGUUAGAGCAGCAGCGGAUCCACCAGUUGAGGAACUACCAAGCCUCCAUGGAAGCAGCUGGGCUGUCGGUGAGCUUCGCUGCUCACCGCCCACUCUCCAGGGCUCAGUCGUCUCCAGCCUCGGCCUCGUUCCCCAUGGGGGUUCAGGAGCCCCCUGCCAAGCCUCGAUUUACCACAGGACUGGUUUAUGACUCGUUGAUGCAGAAGCACCAAUGUAUAUGCGGGAACACCACCAUUCAUCCAGAGCACGCUGGCCGCAUUCAGAGUAUCUGGUCUCGACUACAGGAGACCGGCCUCAGGUCACACUGUGAGUGUAUCCGUGGCAGGAAGGCUUCAUUGGAAGAGUUACAAACAGUUCACUCUGAAACCCACGUCCUAAUGUACGGAACCAACCCCCUGCGCCAGAAACUGGACUGUACAGUGAACCCCAUGUUUGUGAGGUUGCCAUGUGGCGGCGUGGGGGUGGACAGCGACACCAUUUGGAAUGAGGUCCAUUCGUCCAGCGCAGCUCGCCUGGCUGUCGGCUCGGUGGUGGAGCUGGUCUUUAAAGUGGCAACAGGCGAGCUAAAGAACGGUUUUGCUGUAGUUCGACCACCUGGACAUCACGCCGAGGAGAGCACACCCAUGGGGUUCUGUUACUUCAACUCAGUUGCCAUAGCAGCCAAGCUCCUGCAACAGAGGCUCAACGUCGGUAAAAUCCUCAUCGUGGACUGGGACGUACAUCACGGUAACGGCACCCAGCAGGCCUUCUACACUGACCCCAGCAUUCUUUACAUGUCACUGCAUCGCUAUGAUGAUGGGAACUUCUUCCCAGGCAGCGGAGCUCCUGAUGAGGUGGGCAGCGGGGCAGGUACCGGCUUCAACGUGAACAUGGCCUUUACUGGUGGCCUGGAACCUCCCAUGGGGGAUGCAGAAUAUCUUGCAGCAUUCAGAACCAUAGUUAUGCCCAUCGCAAAUGAGUUUGCCCCAGACAUGGUGUUGGUAUCGUCAGGCUUUGAUGCGGUGGAUGGGCAUGCUCCACCCCUGGGAGGAUACAGGCUGACAGCCAAAUGCUUCGGCUACCUGACCAGGCAGCUGAUGGAUCUGGCAGGCGGGCGCUUGGUGCUAGCCCUGGAGGGGGGUCACGACCUCACGGCCAUAUGCGAUGCCUCUGAAGCCUGCGUCUCUGCUCUGCUUGGCAAUGAGUUGGAUCCUAUUCCUGAUGAGGUGCUGCAGCAGAGGCCCAACCCCAACGCUGUGCGCUCCAUGGAGACAGUUGUUGAAGCUCACAGCAAACACUGGCGCUCGCUGCAUCGCGUCGCCUCCACGCUGGGCUGCUCCCUGAGCGAAGCCCUGCGGCGCGACGCGGAGGAGGCCGAGACGGUGUCGGCCAUGGCCUCGCUGUCCGUCGCCAGCAAGCACAUUGGAAAGAGGGCUGAGGAGGAACCAAUGGAGGAGGAAGCUCCUAUGUAAAGAACUCUCCUCCAUCUUUGACCACUCACACUUUACCUUUGCCAGUUUCUAUUUAGAUGCCACUCCUCUGUUUUCAACUCGGCCACAGUACAGUACGUGACGUUCUAUCGCAGCACAGCUGACAACCGUGGCCAUCGGACGGCAACCGAAACACUGGAGGGUGAUCAGCGUUUCGCGUUCGUCUCAAGACUUUGGGCGUACGGGGUUUGAUUCAACGAUCCCUCCCUCCCUCCCUCCCUCUGCGACGACCUGGAGCACCACUGCUUUUUCUCACGUGCGCUCUCUGAAUGCCAGUGGCAGCACGGACGACCUGCAUCCAUCUACUUAUCUCGCCGCUCCGUUUUUUUCCGUGCUUUAUCUCUGUGUGGCUUUCAUCAGCGCUGAUGUGAUUGUAACUCUGCACUAAAGAUGGAUCAUUCCGCACGAAAGGAACAACGCGGUGCGGUUCCCUGCUGUUUGCCAAGGAGGCUGCAGAUCACAGACGAGAAGUAUCGGCAGGUGCUUUCAUUGGAAAACGACUGAUAGUGGAAGACUGUGUGUUUGUGCCUUUUUUUUUACCUGGGUUUCAAAGCAUUUUGUGUUGAAAUGUGAUAGAGCUUUGCCUUAAAAAAUAGCUUUGGGGAUAAAAACUCUUCUCCCCAACCCCUUAAACCCUUCUGUCCUGGUAAGACAUCCAAUGGCUGCAUGUUGUUGGCACAUAGACUAGACGACUGUGGCAUGUUUACCUGUAAUUCCCUGCAGCCAGCCUACUGUCUCCCUAUAGCCACACCCCCACCGUCAUCACCCUCAGCGUAGAAGGUCGUUCCCAGCCACAAGUUGGAGUUGGUUUCAUUGUGUGAGGAGUUUGAGGUGAGAUGAUACAGUUGGCCACAGGUGAACUAGCAUGCACUGCACUGUAACACUACAUCUGAACACUACAAGGCUUUUCAGAUCCUGAAAUAUGUAAUACUUAGUGCAUCAUCUCUGUACGAAGACAAGCACAUAAUGCAGAAAACCCUUUUUAAAUGCUUGCAGAUCAUGUGUCAGACCAGUGUCGUCUUUAAGACGGGCGUGUGGCUGCGGUAACAAGGGCCGUACCACCUGGGAGUUUCCACAGGGGGGUUCCUGGGCUGCACUCACGCCCAGUGUUAAGCACAUCUGCUCCCCAAAUGUCCAGAGCCACGAGACAGGUGUGUUUACAUCUAUUCCCCUCCAAUGAAGCACAAGCUGCUCUUCAUAAAUAUUGUAGAGUGUAGCGUUAUGUAGUUUGUGUAGCUCCAACUGUGCUGCAGGUGAAGGAUCCCGUAGAGUGGGGUUCCUGCCGUCUUUUUAUCUAAACACUAAAAAAACUACUAAUGUGCCUUAAAUCUGAAUCCUUUGAUAUUGGUUGUAUCAAAACAGGACAUUUGAAUUUGGGUGUUCUCACUGAUUGGAAUCUCAACUUAAACUACAAUGAAUAUCAGCACACAAUCCUGGUACUAGACUAUACAACACGCCAACCACCCACCUGGUUGUUUUGGAAUCAGGUUUUCCAAUUUGUCAGGAAAAACUUUUUUUUUUAAAUGUCUGACGGUGACAAUACUCCAACCACAGCCCUUCCCAUCUGGAACCAUCCUUCCAACUUGUGUUUUGUUUCUGGGCAACUGCUGUACCUUUGCUUUUUGUUCCAUCCAGAAGUCCAAUAUCUUUUCCAGUGGUCAGAAACAGAGACCUGCUGUGUUUACUGUUGUUGACUGUAAAUAGAACACUGAUCCCGAGUGCUCCUGCCACACACAUUCGUCAAUGACUGCUCUGCCUUUGUGGAUUGGUUUUCUCAUCCAUGUCUGUUCUCUGGCUCACGAUGCCUUCUUUGGUUUUUGUGCACUCGGUUCCUCCCUUACGUUGUACAGGCGACAGUUUCACAGCCGGUGAGAGUUCCGAAUCUUUUUGAAUGGACUUUUUCGGGGCUCAAGGUUUUUUAGCGAGACGGUUGAGAUGCAAAUCUUUCUACUUUGUAUAACGAUGGACAAUUGUGUAUUUACAGUCUGUUCAUAGUAGAUUUAUAUAUAAAAAGAAAUCAGUAUAUCAUAUAUAUAUAUCUAUACAUCAUAAUACUAUGAUCUUGUUUUUGAAGCUGUCAUGGACAAAUGCUACUUCUAACCGGUCUAACAGUUGGACCUUCCGGGUGUUACUGAACGCACCAUAGCUGGUUACAUGCUGAGUAGCAUUUACUGCUUGUCUUAUUGUCUUUCAACACUGAUCACUAAUUUGUGACCUUAUUUAUCUUUGACAUUGUUACCGCUGGGGCUCGAGUUACUACAGCCACACACAUAAAACACACAUUUUGGCUGGCACCAAAAAAGCAACAAAAUUUAAAUUUCAUUUUCCACAAAUUUCAGCAGUGGCCGAAGUGGUGAUCUGUUUUUUUUUUCCUUUACAAUUCCAUUUCAAUUCUGACAUUUAAAAAAAAAAGCAUUGGCAAGGAUGCAUUUGAAUUGAAACGACUCAGAUGGUCAUGUUUUUCUGGCCCUGUGAUGGACUGUGUCCAGGGUGUUUGCUGAGUGAGAACUGCUGUGGGGCCCAUGACCACUGAGGCCCCAAGAGGAAAAGUGGCUGGGAUAAAAAAUACGUAGAUGGAUGAAAUAAGCCAAUCAUUCCACAAAGUCUUUAUACACUUUCCAAGCCCACUGUACUUAGUUUUAUUUGAACAAUUAUUUCAAUCCAUGCUCUGAUGUUCUGUGUAAAGUUGGUUCACUCUUGCAUAAAGAACAUUGUAUCAUUUUGACUGAAUGUAUCCGACGUAAAAUGACAAAUGAUGUCACGUCCUGCAGAAGCACCUUUGAUUCAAUACGAACGCAUCUCUCAGAACCAGAACCCUGCACAGGAUCCGUUUCAGAGGCUCCUGCAGAUACUGUAGCCAGAGGUCAAAAGACACGUUGGGACUCUUUCACGCAUCUUCCACUGUACAUUUUGGAAGAACAAAGGAAUAUUUUGUGUGCUAUUAAGUAGAUACAAGAGGUUACAGCGUUUAAAAUGAGUAGGGCAUCAUAUCUUUACAUUUCUUUGACUGUAUGAUUUUAGCACAUGUGUAA